UAAGUUCUUAACAAAUAAAAGCCCAAAUAUUUAUAAUUUUAUACCUGAUUCCUGAACCUCAGAACCUGAUACGGUGAGGUGAGCAGUUGAGACUUGAGAGAGGCGGAGAGCAGAGAAUCAGAGAGAGGCUGAGGACAGACUGAACAGUGGAGGCUGGAGACUAGAGAGAGGUGGAGAGCAGAGACUAGAGAGAAAGGUGUGUACAUUUGCUGUUGACAAACAGAUUUUUAGUAAGGAUGGGUGAGCUCAUUUUUGAUGAUAUUUUUAAGGUGCAGCGCGUGAAUCCAGACGGCAAAAAAUAUGAUAAAGUUACUCGAAUUGAAGCACAGAGUGAGAAGUGUGACAUGUUCAUGCAACUAGAUGUGAAUACAGAGAUUUAUCCUAUUGAUAAAGAAGAGAGAUUUUUGGUGGCAUUAUCUACCACACUAAGUUUGGAGGGUGGGCAGAAGUCACUUGCAGACAAGUUUGAAUACAUCAUGCAUGGGAAACUUUAUAAGAUUUCAGAUGAACCUGAAGCUAAAACUUUAGAUGGAAGUUCAGGUCCUAGGGUAACAGUGGAUAUAUAUGUUUCAUUUGGUGGGCUCCAGUUGAUGCUGAAAGGUGAUCCUUCCCAUUGUGGUGGGUUUGAGCUUGAUCAGAAAUUGUUUCUCCUUAUGAGGAAGCUGACAUGAGAAAACUGACAUCCUAUACUAUCAACAAAUUUCUAUUUAACUUCUUUGAUUGUAAAACCACCUCCAAACUAGGUCAUGUUAACUGGUACUAUAUGACUCAUAAUAGUCGACACCAAAUUUAUGGUGGGAAUUUUGUUUUACCUGUCUUCUGUGUGAUUGGGUUCUCCAUGCAAAGUUUGAAGACAUGAUUAGUGUAGUGUUGUCUGGAUGAGCUAGAAUUUUUGGUCUGUAUUCUGCAGAGAACUGGUGGAAAUGGGAAUUAACCUGAGAUUGGAAGGUCAAUAUAUGUAUGGAAAAUUAUUUC